UUGCUUCCGUCGCGGUGUGAACAUAAAAGUAGCACCCCAUCAAAUCACCGCUCACUAAGAUGUGAAAGCUACUUACAACUUGUGGCAGCUUGGUACUAAUCAUAAUCUGGACUAAAAAUAUAAAGCAUAAAUAAGACCAUGGCCGACCACGAGGACGCAGACUCGAUCAUCAUGCGAAUGAGGAACUCCGGUGCAAAUGCCAUUCGCUUCGAGAUCUCCGACUUCUUCGACAGGUCUCACUCCACGGUCGUCCCCCAGAAUAAAUACCACCAACUAGCCACCGAGGGGCUGGAGUUUCCGCUUCGAGGGGUCUUUAAUGACACCGACAACACCUUCAAAAGUGUCUACCACGAGAAGAUUGGUACCCUGAAGCCUGAUUUCGACAGCACCCUCCUCCGACUUCCCCUUAGCAGAGGUGUGGCUUUGACACUAGCUGAGCCUCAGCUCGACGGUAAUCCCUUGCCCACCUACCCUCGCUACAUCGCACGGAAGCAGCUACAGCGUCUUAGUGAGCUCGGCUUCACCCUCAAGUCGGCCUUCCAUCUCCAGUUCUUCCUGGAGGCGCUAGAGGAGCGCAUCUCUCCAGAUCUUCUCGCCGAUUUUCUCGACGUUCUGCGAGGUGUGGCCAUUGAGCCGCUGUUCCUUAAUACCGGAAAGCUCAACUACUACAUCGAUGGGACUUAUAAGGAGAAAGCGGGAAUCAAAGGGGCUGACAAUGCACACCUCUUCAAGACCUUCGUGAAAGCGGCAGCCGUUGAUAAAGGUUUAGACGUCAGUUUCUUCUCGAAGUUUCUUCGCAAUCGCCAGAUCCAGCAGAACUGCUUCCUCUACUUCCGCCACUCCCUGUGGGACGCCGAGGGUAAGAAGGAUGUGACACACGACCCAGAGAGCCCAAGCGGCCUCACUGAAGUCGCCCAGCACUGGUUGGCAGGUAUCCUGGAACACAUGCCGGCCAUCACCCGCUUUAUGUUCCCAACCGACUUCUGCUGGAAGCACCGCUCGACCAAGACCGAGACCGUGAACGACAAGUGGGAGAAAGACAGCACCGGGUCCUCGGUGCGUCUCCACGUUGGCGGAGAGGGCAAGACCUUCAUGGAGACCCGCCAGGGAACGGGCCGAUGCAACCCGUAUCUCCUUUUGGCAGCGGUGGUGGCGGCCGGAAUCGAUGGCAUGAAAAAGAAGUUGCCUCUGCCAGAAUCCGGCACUGACAGCGGGAGAGAGAUGCCGACGUUUUCCAGAAAGGCUAUGGAGGCCUUUGAGGCAGACGAAGUCCUGAUCAACGCUCUGGGGGCGCGGGAAAAUUUCAUCAAACUUCUUAAAGCCACGUAUCAGGACAUCGAUUAAAAUGGGGUGUGAGGCAAUUUCGCUGAGCACGUCUGUUCUAGUGUUCUUAACAGUACCUGUAGCCACAUUAUUGACCAACUACAUGUAUUUAUGCCAACUAUAGUAUGCGAACUAUGAUAGGCCUACCUGUUUGUGACUUUGCACUGACUUGAAUUACCUGUUCAGUAAUUUCUCUUAAAUGAGCAAAAUCGGAGCAAGCAACAGUAAACUGAGCUUUGACUCCCAGACAGCAUGGUAAUCUUAGUGUAUAAAUCGAAAAUGAUACAUGCUGUUAGCUGUACGAGUAUAACAAUCUGAUCAUUAGUUUUUAAGUGUUACUUUUCACAGAGAGUUUGGAUAGAUUAUAGAAACUUUUCUUGAUUUAAAGAAAGUUAGCUGAUUGAUUGACACAAACAUUUUUUCUUUUCUGUUCUAUAAAACAGAGCAAAAAUCGUCAAUACCUGUGGGACAACCAAGCAUUAUCAGACAAACACUGAAACAGGCCCAUGGGUCCAUUUUUGUGGCUUCUUAUAACAACAUUUUAUCUCCCAAGUGGUAUUUGCAAAUUAACAAUAACAGAAAUGUAAAUCAUAAAAACCAUAGGCUUGGCUCGCGGUGACAUUUUACAUGCAGGGACUGCAGAGAGAUGAGAAAAGUUUACAAAUGGCCGUAUAGGCCUAGUCUCCUCCCUUGAUCAGUUGAAAGGGUUUAUAGGUAUGGUAGGCCUAUAGUGAGCAAGGUUAUUCUGUUGCAGAAAAUUAGCUUCAAAUUACUAAAUUUUAGACUCUACAUCGUCACUUAUACAUAACCCUCUAUAUGUGUUCUCUUUAAUGCUUAAAAGUUAUUCGUUUUUUGUGGUAAUAACGCCAUUUGACGGCGCACUUGCAUGACACGGUUCUACUCAGCAUUCAAAAGACACAGGCCCACAUUAUACAUGUACAUCAUAAUCAUUGUGUUAAUGUAUACCAUACAGUACAUCGUAUGUCGUUUCCAACAAAAAAUUAUCCCACUCACCGAGGAUUACAGACGUCUCUUUUUCGGCAAUACAAGCCAACUCUAGCAGCAUUAUGUGAUCCUGCUGGCUCUCCAUGUCGGACUCUCCAAAAUCAAACAACAGCCACAACGCCACAUUUCAGUUCUUACGAACAAACUUCGUGAAAAAGAUGGUGCGAACAUCACACGACUUGCUGCGUUUCGGCCAUUUUGAAACUCAUACCAAAUUUUUUUUACCACAUGCACGCAUGACCAAUCUCAAGAACUUAUUUGUAAAUGUUAAGCUACGUUAUAUCAAACACUCUUUUAGCUGUAAUCAAUAUAUAUGUUUAUUAAUUAAGUAACAAUAAAAGUAAAUAUGGUUAUUUGUCAAGAACUUUGUGAGUUAAUAUUUUUUUAAUUACGUUAACCACGCUUGACGACUAUGGUAAAAAGUGAAGUAAUUUGCAUAUGAAUAGCGCCUCAAGUUUUGCUGUAGAGGUUUAUAGGGAUGAUCUGUUGAUUCGGAAACCAGGGCCGUUUUCCAAUACCCAAUUCGUCUCCGUCUCAGGCUUCGUGUAGGAAACCAAUCCCCGAUUGUGGGCCU